CGGCAGCGGAGGCGGUGGUGCCACAAUGGACUGCUGCUCGUCUUCAGACAAGCACAGCAGCCGCAAGAUCAACCAGGAAAUAGAGAGGCAAAUUAAACUUGAUAAGCGUCAACAAAAGCGUGCCAUUAAGCUCCUCUUUUUAGGGACGGCAGAAAGCGGGAAGAGCACUUUCAUCAAACAGAUGAGGAUCCUCCAUGGCAACGGCUACACCGAGGCCCAGAGGAAAAGCUUUGCUCGCUUGGUGUGCCAGAACAUCAUCACCGCCAUCCAGGCCCUCAUCGAGGCCAUGAGUGUCCUCCGCAUCGACUAUGUCCACAACAGCAACGUCGACCUGGCAGAGAGGCUGAGCCAAGUCCAGCAGGAAACGGUCAACAUGUUGGAGCAGUGGCAGGUGGACGCCAUCAAGAGACUGUGGGACGAUCAAGGCCUUCAAGGAUGCUAUCAGCGAAGAAGGGAAUUCCAUCUGUCUGACUCUGCCAAAUAUUACCUUUGCGACUUGGACAGAAUCAGCGCCCCGGGUUACAUCCCCAACCUGCAGGACAUCUUGAGGGUCCGUGUCCCCACCACGGGUAUCAUCGAGUACCCUUUUAACAUCAAAGGAGUUAUCUUCAGGAUGGUGGACGUGGGCGGUCAGCGAUCAGAAAGAAGGAAGUGGAUCCACUGUUUGGAGAAUGUCACCUCCAUCGUCUUCCUGUCUGCCCUCAAUGAGUACGAUCAGGUCCUUCUCGAGGACUCCACACAUAAUAGAAUGGAGGACAGUCUUGCUUUGUUCGAGACUUUAGUCAAAUACCACUGGUUUAGCGAAACCUCCUUCAUCCUCUUCCUCAACAAAAUCGACUUGCUGGAGGACAAAAUCACACAGUCGGAUUUGGUCAACCACUUCCCACAAUACAAGGGGCCUCGAGGGAACGCCAAAAAAGCACGAGAGUUCAUCCUGGAUCUUUUUAAGAUGGUGCACAAGGGUCACAAAUGGCCGCUGUACAUGCACUACACCUGCGCCACGGACACAAACAACGCCAAGAUUGUAUUCAACGUGGUGAAGGACACGCUCUUCAGAGACAUUGUUCCCGUUUAGUCACCACGCAAGCUCUUUGAAUGGACAUUGAACGUUGUGUUGACGCUUAAACCGGUGCCAGUUUUCACCUACUUUCAGUUGCAAACUGGUUUGACAAAGUCCUCCUUAUGAAAGGCUGCCAGCCAACCCUCACCUCUCAUCAGUUGUAUUACCAGGAAACCACAACGACAUGAUUGUAUUGACUCGCUACAUGAAUGAAGACGAAUAAAAGAUCCAUACAAUAACAUCUACAUCGACAUAGUCUUUCUAUAUGUACCUCAGGACGUCUGGCUUUGGACGUCUGCUUCAAUUCAACCUGCCACCUUGAGCAUGCUUACCUUCUCAAAUCAAGACAGUGCAUCCUUCUUACCACGCCCUGCAGGUUCCACGCUCAACUCCGACCUUUGCUUUUUCUGCCAUCUUGGCUCUGAUUUGCUAACUUGACACUCCAAAUGGCCAUGCAAAACGGAAAUUGAACAGACGCUUGAAAACGGCAAGCUCUCCUGUCACAUAGAGGAUCUUUGACUAACUGUUUUUGCAGCAGGUCCUUAAAAACAGCAA